AGGCAUGCCAAACAAACAGGAAGUAGUGUUUUGCCGACCGGAUGUUUUGUUCCGUUGUGGAUUGAAGGCAGAUUAACACCGAGCACUUUAAGCAAUGUCGUUUUGCUCUUUCUUCGGUGGAGAGGUCUUUAAAGACCACUUCAAACCAGGGAUCUAUGUGUGCUCCAAGUGUGAGCACCAGCUGUUCUCCAGCCGCUCUAAGUACGAGCACUCGUCUCCGUGGCCGGCUUUCACCGAGACCAUUCAUGAUGACAGCGUUUCCAAACACGAGGAAAGACCAGGCGCAUACAAGGUGCGAUGCGGGAAAUGUGGAAACGGGCUGGGUCACGAGUUUGUAAAUGACGGUCCGUCCAAAGGGCUGUCCCGCUUCUGAAUAUUCAGCAACUCACUGAAGUUCAUCCCCAAAGAUAAGGUGGAUGGACAGUAAGUGAGCUGUCACAAGGAAAUGCUGCAGGACUGGAAGUUUCCCUGCGCCGCUGAAGGUGUGGACAGAGAAUGAAGUGUUCUGGGACAAAGCCCGGUCUGGGAGCACCAGAGCGCCGAUCAAUCCUGACUUCACUGGAAAGCAAAGACAGAGGACUUCUAUCUGCUUUUUUGCACCUGUUUGCUAUGCAAUCACGAAAGAUGUAGUUAACUGAUUUUAUCUCAAUAAGCAAACUUCUGCUUCUGGUAAAGAUAAUCUUUUAUCUUUCUGAUUAAGAGAUCCGUUAUUUAAUGUGGCUGCCCAAAUAUAAAAAAUAUCCAGCAGGACUGAAACUUUUCAAAUUUGCUGAUCAGUUUUUUCACAGUUUGAAGCACACAAAUAAACAUAUUUUAGAAAUAA